AUGCCAUGGGUAUCUUCGCCACCAAGCCUCACGCCCUGCGCACGUCCGGCGGGUCCGAGACAGCACAAAUAUCAAGGCUUGCUAUGCGUGCUGCGCGAGGUUGACUGUUCGUUAUGCCAAGCAUCCCGCCUUGCAACUCACGGCAGUCAUUUCGUCAUGAUCUUGACAGUCUCACUCUCGGCCGUCGCAAAACUUUCAAGGAGCAAUCGACUGCCAGAAUGGCCGCCCUCGCUAACAGAGGAGCGAGAAGUAGCGCUCCUCCACGAAGCGAUCGAUUGGGCACUCUCCAACGGGCUCGUCCUCAGGCCAGCGGCAGUCGACAAUGAAGUCUCUUCAACCACUGUCAUCCAUGCGCCCUUCAGCCUCUUUCCCACGCCUUUUCCCAAAACGCUCUACGAGCAAGCCAUCUCAGUGCAAGGCAGCUACAGCGCUCUCUACUGCGCCAUCGCGUCUAAUGCCGACUUUCUCGAGAAAGUCAUCGGUGGUGCGGUCAGCAAGGUCGACGAAUUUCAGGGCAAACUCUAUGAGAUCUGGCAGCAAGUACGAGCAGACGGACAAGAGCAGACUGUCACCUUGGGUAUAUUUAGGUCCGACUAUCUCAUGCACGCGCCAACGAGCGACGCGGCCCUGCCGCUCGAGAUCAAGCAAGUGGAGUUCAAUACUAUCUCUAGCUCCUUCGGUGCUCUGUCGAGCAAAGUCACCAGUCUACAUCAACAUCUGCUCCAUUCGGGUUAUUACCCUUCUUCGGCUGCAAUAGACGCAAGCGCGCUACCUCGCAAUGACGCACUGUCAGCGAUAUCGAAAGGUAUCGCCAGCGCACAUCAGUAUUAUCAGCAGCAGCAAAGUACAAAGGCUGCCGUAGUCCUAUUCGUCGUGCAAGACCCGGAGCGCAAUGCCUUUGAUCAACGCGCGAUAGAGUGGCUUCUUCAAGAGAUGUCUGUGAGCGUGCGGCGGUUGACCUUGGCGCAAGUAAGGCAGCAAUGCUCCCUUACAGACGACAAACGGUUAUUGCUCCGAGAACCUAUCAGCGCCGGGCCUCGCGAGAUCAGCGUAGUGUACUAUCGGGCUGGUUACGGUCCUGCAGACUAUACCCUUGCAGAGCAUUGGUUCACUCGGCUACUGCUAGAACGCUCGAGAGCCGUAAAGUGUCCCAGUGUCGCCCUACAACUAGCAGGUGCAAAGAAGAUACAGCAAGUCUUGACCGAGCCGGGCAUGCUAGAACGCUUCGAAAGCGAACACCUCGACCAGCGCCAGAUUGCAGACUUACGACGUACCUUCAUUGCGCUAUACAGUCUAGAGGAGGGAACAGAGGGCGAUCAGAACGAGCAAUUAGCACGCGAUCAGCCUUCGCGCUUCGUGUUGAAGCCUCAGCGAGAAGGCGGCGGCAAUAAUGUCUAUCGCGAAAAGAUACCACCGUUUCUAGACGAGCUCAACAAACGUGAUCGGCCCGGCCAGCCGAAAGGACGCGAAGGCUACAUCCUUAUGGAGCUCAUCCUACCGCCAACAGAGCAGAAGAACAUCAUGGUUCGGACAGGCGAAGGGAAAGGUCUGCUUGGCGACACAGUCAGCGAACUUGGGAUCUAUGGCAUCUCGCUCUUCGACAGCAAGCCAGGGUCAAAACAAGCAGACAUGAUUUCGAGCGAAGUGGGCGGGCAUCUUUUGCGCACAAAGGGAAGGCAAGACGACGAGGGCGGUGUAGCGGUCGGGUUCAGCGUCAUAGAUUCUCCCUUCCUUGUGUGA